AUGUUCAUGGUGGCUUAUCUCGAAUAUGACGCAGACUGGAAAGCGAAGCGGGCGCUCGAGCGCAUGGAGCGCCCGAAUUCAAAUGAAUUCCAGGGCCGGAAGCUCGAUGUCACCUAUCAACCAGUUCGGUCUUUGCAAAUAGGCAAUCUAGACCUGAACACGAAUGAAGCGGGACUUCGACGCUUUCUUCCUUAUCCACCGCCCACUAAGGUGACUUGGGGACCUCAUUCUCACAAUCUCACUGCGAAGCAACUAGAGGAAAGAGCUAUCACGCAACUUCGAUCGCACGGUACCCUCAUCGAAGAGUGUAUUCCUCAUCCCCAAAAGGGAGGAAGUAGAACGAAGAUCAUCGCCAAGUUUAGCGAAGCAGAGGCAGCACGAAAUGCGGUCACUCCUCUGGUUUCCAUCAAACUGUCGGUCUCCUCUCGAAUCCUAGCAGCCAUUGGACCACAGCUUGACCCUCUAGUCGACCAAAUAUGGCGAACGGAUUACGUUCAAAUCAAGAGCUACAAGACUCUGGGCAAACAAUACACCCAAGUCCGCAUCUUCGGCCAGUCCAGAGAACCAGUUGCCAAAGCCAAGUCGGCCGUGGAGAAGCUCCUUGCUGGUCAGAUCGCCACCGACGGACAUGGCCCGAUCACAGAUCCAUUCUACUUCAGGCCUUCGUCAAAGAACUUUCUGAACGAUCUGGGAGCCUCACAUGGGGUCUUCAUCCACCAAGAUUCACGUCGAUCAGUCCUUCGACUAUACGGAGAUCACAUGGGUAUCGAACGAGUCGAAAGUGCUCUGGUGGCUAAGUGUGCAGAAUUGAGGGAGCAGUCUCACACCGUCAUUCUUCAUCCCGAGGCUUUGGCAUUUGCCCUCAAAGGUGGAUUUCGAAAUGUUGUCGCCGCUUUAGGGAAGGACAAAGUGAAGCUAGACAUCAUCAACACCCCAAAGCGAAUUAUCGUCGAAGGCUCCGCGGAAGAUGCGGUCCAGGUACAGAAGAUUCUCGCAUCGUGUACAUCGUCUUCAUUGGAAACGCAAACCGCCGGGCUAUCCAACAGCGAGGACGACGGCGAGCUACUCUGCCCGGUCUGCUUCACCCCACCGGAAGACCCUAUCAAGACGUUUUGCAGCCACGCGUAUUGCAACUCCUGCUUGGUUUCGCAAUGCACGUUUGCCGACUCUUUCCCGGUCAAAUGUCUCGGUGAGGACGCUGUUUGUGACGCUCCAUUGUAUCUCUCCGACGUCAAGAAGGUUCUUUCUGGAACGGAAUACGAUGAUCUUCUCCAGACAUCCCUGACGUCAUACCUUCGUAGCCGACCCACGGAAUUUCACUACUGCUCUACACCCGACUGCGAUCGUUUCUACAGGAUCUCAAGCGCUGAGAACCCUCGAAUCUUUGAUUGCGACGGCUGCCUCACUUCCAUCUGCACUAGCUGCCACCAAGGACCCCAUGACGGGCACACUUGUGAGACCAACAAAGCUCUGAUGAGAGCUGCCAUGGAGGAAGACGAGAAGCUCACGAAAUGGAAGAAAGACCAUGAUGUACGAGACUGCCCAAAGUGCGGGGUGCCGAUCGAGAAAGCGGAUGGUUGCAAUCACAUGACAUGCACCUCGUGCCAGGCACACAUCUGCUGGUUCUGCAUGAAGACGCUUAGCAGCGGAGGCGAGACGUACAACCACAUGCAGAGCGUACAUAGCGGUGUUUAG